GUCAAUUGUCAUGGUCCACAGUUACUUGAGGCAUGGACCCACGCAGGCGUUUGGGUUGAUAUGUAGCAAUUCUUCAAAUUCUAAAUAUGGUGACAAGGUUGCUUAUGUGCCAGCACUGGAGGAUGUCCUGGUCUGGGAUGUAAAGAAAGGUCAACUGCUUGCUGUGUGGCAUGAAACAGGACACCGUUCCGAAGUGACCUGCAUCGAACGUUCUCCACAAGAAAACGUCUUCGGGGUAGGCUAUGCUGACGGCUCCAUUCGUCUAUGGGACAGUGGUUCCUCUUCUGUCAUUGCGACUUUUAAUGGACACAAAAAAGCAGUCACGGCACUGGCAUUCGAUAACGAAGGAACCAGGUUAGCAUCCGGAUCACAGGACACGGACCUCAUUAUAUGGGAUAUUGUAGCGGAAGCUGGUCUCUAUCGUUUGCGCGGACACCGCAACGAGGUGACUGGCGUACGUUUCCUUGUCCCCCAAGCAACUCGAUCAACCUCUGUGGACUCUCCGUCCUCCAUUUUGUUGACGGUUUCGAAGGACACAUUGAUGAAAGUGUGGGACCUUAGUACCCAACAUUGUAUGCAAACGGCUGUUGCCCACCGCGCUGAAAUUUGGAGCAUGGACAUUAGUUCAGAUCAGAAAUACAUACUCACUGGAAGCAACGACGGGGAUCUAAAGGCGUGGAAGAUAAACUAUGAAGCAGUGGCGAACGGGCUACGAGAAUCUGAAUCCGGAGAGAUCGACAAGAUCAUCGAUUUCACUGCUUCCUUCCCUUUGGCGCUUCACCACCGCGCAUCCCGUGUUCUAUUUCACCCCUAUCAACCUUAUCUUGCUGUGCAGUCGCACGAACGCUCCGUCGAAGUGUUUCGAAUCCGCACUGAGGAAGAGGUCAGAAAAAAAGAAUUGCGACGACGUAAGCGGGAAAAGGAGAAGAAGGGGAAGGAGAAAGUAGGGUCCACGGUAACCGAAACCAAAAAAACGUUAGAUGAGGGUGAUCCUAAGCCGGAUGAAGCCAUCCUGCCUGACUUCUUUGCACCGCUUUUGGUCGUCCGGGCGAGCGGGAAGGUUCGAUCAUUCGACUUCGGCACUAAAGAUACUGGGAAAGGGAAAUCGAGCGUCCAGAUCUUUGUGGCUCUCACUUCUAAUGCCCUUGAAGUAUAUGACAUCCCCCCUCCCACGACAUCAAAGGGUGAAACCCUUGAAGCAACUCGUGCAUACGUUCUUGAUCUCCCAGGUCAUCGCAACAAUGUCCGAACUUUAUGUUUGAGCUCGGAUGACCAAAUCUUGGUUUCGGGUUCCAACGGGUCCUUGAAAGUAUGGAAUAUGAAGACCACUGCGUGCAUCCGCACCAUGGAUUGCGGCCACGCCACAUGUAGCUGCUUCCUUCCAGGUGAUCAACACGUCGCGGUCGGAACUAAGUCGGGCGAGAUAUUGAUUUACGAUCUGGCUUCCUCAACUCUCGUUGAUUCAAUUAAAGCUCACGGCGCAACCGUGUGGUCGCUACACGUUCGACCGGACGGGCAAGCGCUUGUUAGUGGCAGUGCUGAUAAAGAAGUGAAGUUCUGGGAGUUCCGGCAAGAAACCGCAGCUCAUCUCAAGAAAUCAUUGUCGCUAGGGCAUGUACGGACGCUCAAAAUGUCCGACGAUGUACUGUCCGUGAGGUAUAGCCCAAAUGGAAAACUUCUGGCGGUGUCACUACUAGACGCUACGGUAAAAAUUUUCUACCAAGAUAGUCUGAAGUUCUUCCUCUCGCUAUACGGACACAAGUUGCCGGUCUCCUGCAUGGAUAUAUCCGACGAUUCAAAGCUGAUAGUUACAGGUUCUGCUGACAAAAACAUUAAGAUCUGGGGUCUUGACUUUGGCGAUUGUCACAAAUCGAUAUUUGCUCAUGAAGAGAGUGUGACGCAGGUCUUCUUUGAAAAAAAAUCACAUUAUUUCUGGACUGUAGGCAAAGACAGAUUGUUGAAGUAUUGGGAUGGUGAUAAGUUCGAGAACAUUCAGAAGUUAGACGGACACCAUAACGAGAUUUGGGCAUUAGCAGUCAGUAAUCACGGAAAUUUUGUCGUAACUGGUUCGCACGACAAAUCCAUUCGAGUUUGGGAGAAACUUGAUGAACCUCUCUUCCUCGAGGAAGAACGCGAGCGCGAACUAGAGAGUGUUUUUGAGCGCGGUCUUGUCGAUUCUCUGAAUCGCAGCGAACCUGGAGAUGAAAUUAAUGGCCAAUCGUCUACCGAGGUUACCACUGUAACAAAGCAAACAACGGAGACUCUAGUUGCUGGUGAACGUAUCAUGGAAGCCCUGGACCUUGCAAAUAGCGAACUUGAAGCCUUGCGGGAGUUUGAGGAGCAGAGAGGCCGUGAAAACAUAUCGGAGGCGUUCAAUUUACAGCCUCCGCCUCGGAACCCCAUAUUAGCGGCCCUUGACCUGAAACCAGAAGCCUAUGUGUUACGAGUCGUCGAAAAAGUGCCGAGUACUGCCCUCCACGAUGCACUGCUAGUGCUCCCAUUUACCAAAGUUAUAUCCUUGAUGCACUAUCUGGAUACGUGGGCACGAAUGGGUUGGAACGUCACGCUUGUAGCCCGUAUUAUGUUCUUCUUGUUGAGAGUACAUCACCACCAGAUUGUCGCCAACAAGCUCAUGCGGACAUCGUUGAUUCCCAUGCGCAAUCACCUACGCGGCGCACUUCGGCAAGAGAAGGACAUAGUUGGAUACAACUUGGCUGCCCUGCAGCACAUGCGACAGAAACAUGAAGCUGAGGGAAUUGCACAAUUCUUGGAGCAGAAUCUUGAAGAAGAUAAUGCACAGGGACUUGCUGGGGAAGGUAAAAAGAGGAAGAGGGUUAGCAUUAGGUGA